CUCUCCUCGGGGGCCCCGUGUGUGCGUGUGUGUAUGUGUGAGUGUGAGGAAGAGGGGGGAGAAAGAAAAAGAGAGAGAAACGGAGAAAGAAAGACAUCGGGGCUGCAGUUUGCUUUAGAUCUGAGUAGAGAAGCAGGAGCGCGAUUCAGCCCCGGAUUGAUCCUCCUCCUCCUCCUCCUCAUGUAAUUUCUGCUCGCUUCCUCGCAUGGAUAUGUCGCUGGGAUUGUAAAGAAUAAAAGAAGAGCUCUGACCUCUCUGAGACAAGGAUCCUGACUUUCAGUGUAUUUUCUUGGGAUUAAUCUCCUCGAAGUACCUCAUGCUCUGCGUGCCGGUGUAGAGAGUAGACUGGAGGUUGUUGUUAAAAGUCCGAAACAGUUCCAGGCUCCGAGUUUGUCGUCUCGGGUUAAAGGUUUCUGUCUUUGAAUAAUGUUUCACAGAUUAUCAUUUCAUACUAUUGUGUAUUCUACUCUUUUUCCGCAUAUGUAACGAAUAUACAAACAACUCCAACGCGACUGUGGAGCAUAAACCGCAGUUCCACUCGUGUAAUCUACUUCAUGAAUGCAUUUUGAUCGGAAUGCUGCAGUGCAUUUAUUGCGUGAUUUUGUUGUUGUAGAGGCAACAAAAUCGCCUCCAGUCUAAUGUUGCGGGUUUGUCACCAAUGCUUGUCAGUUGGCUGUGCGUGCAUUGCACGGCAUUUCAUAGACAUUAAUGUUUUGCAACGACCGGAGGAGCAUCUGUAAUAUUCGUAUAUCCGUACAAAAUAAAACCCUCUUCUAGAUUUUCAAGUUGUCGUAUGUUCAGGACGAAACGCUCAGGUCUUGUGCGGCGACUCUGGAGAAGCCGUUUGAUCCCAGAAACCGAAGGGGAAGAUGGAAAUGGCAAAAGUAGUGAGGGCUGUAGGGACGAUCUGUUCGGAAACAACCCAGAGAAAAUUCCCAAAACGGAGUUCAGACCGAUGACCCCGAGCGGGUCUCUUAUAGGGGACACAGGGGGUGAGUGCACCCGCAGCCCCGCGGAGAGCAGCGGCUUGGGGGUCACGUCGGACCAAGGUGGGGGUGCGGGGUGCGUCCAGGAGCAGGGGAGCCCCCGCUCCAUACAGGACGGAGAAUGCAGGACAGUAACAUGCUGCUUAUUCAAAGACCGGGACCACUCCGAGCUCAGGGGUCCAGACACGGCUCAGGGUACCAGGGAUCCGGGGUCGUGUCACUUCGUGCUGAGGAGCCUCGCGCCGCGGGAUUGCGGCUCUCCUGAGUCGCCGGAGACGAUGCCACGGACGGUGUUGGAGCAAGAACUGAAAUCAGCCACGUACUCUCUUUUAAAAAAGCUAAAGGAAAGGGCGCUGGAUACCUUACUGGAGGCAGUGGAGUCCAGGGGAGGGAUGCCAAGCGACUGUGUUAUGAUUUCCCGGACAGAGCUGAGGUUGGGCGGCCAUGUGGCCUCCCCUCAGCUGCUUGUGUGUAAACUGUACCGCUGGUCCGACCUCCAGCACCUUGCCCAGCUCAAGCCGCUCUGUGAGUGUAAGAGCUUUGGGGCCCUGGAAAGUCCAACAGUAUGCUGCAACCCCUAUCACUACAGCCGGCUCUGUGGGCCAGGUAAGGGCUUCUGUCAGCACACAAACACCGUUUUCAUGUAGCACCUUACAGGCCUACCUUUGAGGCCAAGGUAGUCUCUUUUCAGCUAACAACAAGGCAGCUUUGUUUCUCCAGCUUAGGUUUUCUCUAAAAAAUCUCAACUGGAUCCCCUCUUCUCUGCUUGUUACUCUUCCUUAUCAUGCUACUAAAUCAUCCUGUUACACUGGAAGACUAUCAGGGCCACCAAAUAUCCUUGGAAAAGCCUUUCCUGUGUUCCAGUUUUAUUUUCUUUUUUUCUACUUCUAAACACAGACAGAUUAAUAGAUUAACACAGAUUAAUAAUUACAAAAGUCAUCCCUGUGGGAGGUUUAACAAUAACAAACCCACUUUUGAGUAGACAUAAUCUUUAAUCCAACCACUGUGGAACAUUGUCAUUUUGUGGCAGUCCUGAUAGGUCAGCCAGAAUUAAUUUUUUUAAUAUUUUUGUCACUUUAAACAAUUUAUGCGCCUUGAAAGUUACAUUUAGGCAGUGAAAUGUUGCAUCAUCAGCAAAGAGUCUGCAAAGUCAAUUUAUUUUGGAUAGUCUUGUAGGUUUAUUACUUAACAUAUUCCCUAAUUCCAUUCGGUUCAUCAUCUGACGUGCCUCCAGAAGGUGUUUUGAGUUCACCUCUGUUUUAGUGUAGGGUCAUUACUAGGUUGGCAAAUCAAUCAACAGUGUAUGACAUUUACAGUUUAUGAUUGUGUAGACUCACCCAGAGGUUUGAACCUGGUGCCAUAGAUCAGUGAAGUUGUUAUUGUAGUAGAAAGUUGAGCCAUAUUUCCACAAUCAAUUAGCUAUCUAUGGCAGAACCUCCCUGACCUACACUAAACAGAGUUUUGGCAGGGGGUCAGGUCUGUGAUUUGGCAAACCUUAAGCACUGGUCCACUCGACCCCGCUGACCUGAUGACAAGGUGUGGUAUCAUGUGUAAAGAUGCGAGCGUCGGUAUUUCUGUCUCACUGGCACAGGAGGUGGAUUUUCCAUAACAUCCAUGUUUACCAGAGCCAGCUGGCUGUGACGAGCCCUUCAAAGUCAGAAGUCAAGCAAUAUCAGAAUUCAUGGUCUGCAAAUGUAGGAAACUGAUGUUGACUUCACCCUCAUGUCGUCCCACCAGCUUUUCUUUAUAAUAAAAGUCCUCCUAUAGAACUCCACAUCAAGUCUUAAACCAAGUAAUAUGUUUUAUAGCAAAAACAGGAAUGAAGUUCUCCUUGAUGAAGUGGAGGUCACGCUGUGUUUGAAGAAUUUCUUUCCACUAAAACUAGUAAGAUGACCUGUAAGAAGAGGCAGAGGGGCACAUACCCCAUAUUGGGACUGAGGCCUGUAGUAGACAUAGCUCACAUGCGCUCAUGCGUGGCCCGAUAGUGCUGGUAUUUCUUUCAUGCUAUUCAAGAACAGGGACUUUGAAUCAAGACUUCUAUCCCUGGCUUUUUACCUUGUUUGCAAAUGGAAAAGCAAAAAUCAUUAAAUUACAACAAGAUUACAACAUUAAUCAAAUGAAGUAAGUAUUCAAAACAUUUUAAUUACAUGUAAAAACAGGAUGUGAUAAAGCUGUUUGUAACUGAUUUGAAGACUAUUUGACAGGAAUCUACUGCUGAAGGUUUCCAGGUCAGAAGUUUAAAGAAAUUAAAUCAGUUCAAAUGUGUUUCACUGAGCUCCGAUUGAAAAAGACAAAAACUUUGUCCUGUAUUUUGUAAGGCAUUCUACUUUUCAGAUGAGAUCAGUUUCAAGUUGCGCUUUAAAAGCCCUUUUGUCCUAAGGAGGUCCCCUCAUGCUAUUUAGGUGAAGGAGUGGUGAUAAUAUACAGUUUGCAUACUACUGGCGCCAGACUGACUAGCUGUGUAUCUGAGUGACUGAGUUCAGAUCCCAGCAAUUACUGCCGCCACUCUUAAAGGACCCGCUGCUAUUAUGCUCUCUCCCUCUCCUUUUCCCUGUAGGCGAGGUCACAGUGUGCUCACAAACUUUUCUUUCCUUUGUGCUUUUCCUUCUUUUGCCAGCGAUUUUCUUCUCUUCUUUUGCUCUUUGUCGGAUAAAUCAAGGUCUGUGAACACAAUGAAGUUAAAAAAGCAGAGAUUUUUGGGGGGAUAUAUCUCUGAAAGUUGUGAGUAGUCUCAGUGGUCGGUGCAACAACUGCUGCAGUUAAAGAGUUAACUCUUGCCUGAAACAAAUAUGCAGUUUUCAGUUGGCUUUAUUAGCUUUUUAAUGAGCUUUCAAACAGAAUGAAUUAAUUCAGCACUGCAGACACAAAGCUGUAGUACUUCACAUGUAGCCUGGGAUAUGUUUUGUUUUCCUGUAUAUCACAGGUUUGAGUUUCGCUACUUUGUUGGGAUUGAGUUUCAUCUUUAUUUUCUGAUAAAUAACUUUCUUCCACUUUGUAAGCUUACUGACAUGAUCGUUUUGUAUUACAGAGUCACCCCCACCUCCUUAUUCGAGGCUUUCCCCUAACGAAGAACACAAGCCACUGGGUAAGAGACAAAACACAGACUAACAUCAUUCUCUUCAUUUUAUCCUCAUUUCUCAGAGCUUAUCUAAAUACUGCUUGAAUUGCAAAAAUAAACACCAACAUGGAGAUUUGUUACAUCUGUAUUUGGGCACAAGUAGAAGAGACUGAAGUCAGCAGUGGCAUAAUAACAGAUUUGUAUUGUAUUGUGUGUAGGACAUAGUUGGGGUUGCUUGGGCUCUGGAGCAGGUUUAUCUAGAAUGAAAGAACUGUUUCUAAGUCUUGGUAGAUGGUUAGUAAGAGGUUGUCAUAAACUGGAGAUGAAGAGCUAAUUUAUGUGUCGUCCACCCAUAGAUCUGUCAGACUCCACAUUGUCGUACACUGAAACUGAGGCUGCCAGCUCACCAAACAUCACACCGGGGGAAUUCUCAGGUGGGUGUGUUUCUUCAACUGUCUGUCAGGCUCCAAUUAAGGAGUUUAUGUCUGAGUUUUAAUCUCCCACUGAUUUUGAUGGUAAUGGUUUCUUUGAAGUCAUCUCACAUUGAAGGUGAAAUAAUUAUCAAAUGAUAGUAUCAGUUUCUCGAAGGAAUUUCAGGUUUUGUCUGUUCAUAGGUGCUGUUGUCGGAGUUUUUCUGUGUCGUGUUGGAUGGUGAAAUGCUGUCCACAGUGGAAGUGUGAUUUUAGUAUGUCCUCUUGUAAUAUUUAGAUUUUACAGAUUUUCUUUGACUUUGUUGUGAGCGGCUGUGUGAUAGAAAGGCCGGUACGACGGUAACUAGCUUGAGUAAACACUUCAUGUUUUAUUACCGUAGUCAAGAAUGAGCUUUUUCUGGGUGAAAAUAUUUUGUUUCAUUCUCUCCUGGAAACUUGUGGCUUUGCUCUGUCCAAAUCAUUCGUCAAAAGUGGAAAGAAAGUUGUAAUUUUUUUCAGUGCGUAUGGGUUUUCUUGAUGCUGCAUGUUGUUGUUGAAUUACUGUAUCACGUCAUGCAGUUUUAAUAACCCUUUAAACUGCUUUGUUGUCUUACUUGUUUGGCUUUGAGAUGGUCACAAUCAAGAAAAAAAAAGGAGUGAAGUGUCGUGUUUUUUAGACUCUGGUUCAACAAGAAUCGUGUGCUUUACUCCGGAUGACCAUUAAGCGUAUCAAGAUAAAUAUGCAAACUGAGGAAGGUCAUUUCAUUUUGAUGUUGCUCUUUAUUCCAUCUCAUUAAGGGUUAUUACAGGGAGUCAGAGCUUUAAAGAUAAAGGUUUCAUUGUGAGCGCUGCAGAGGUUCAGCGGGGCGUGUGUGUUGGCCUCAGAGCUGGCCUCCCCUCCUCUGUUUUUCUUUCAGAAAUAUUUGAGUGGGAUCAAACCGUAAUAAGAUCCAAGCUCACUCAGAAUCACACACACACAAGCACACAUAGUUGUGCACAUGCAUGUGCACGGUCACUUGCACGUACAACUCUAUCCAGCCUGGCUUUAAGCGGACUGCGAGGAGGGGCGGGCUCAGGGAAAUUGAGUCGCUCCUGUGAAUGGGGCCACACCAAAGGAAGCGGGUAAAAACAGUCCUGUCCUCUGAUUUGAAAUGAAACACUCCUUUCUCGUGGCAAAGAGUAAGCAUGCCUUCCUCUUCGUAGCUGCUAGCAUGCACAGUAUCAUGUGGACCAGGAGUUAGAGCUCUCAUUUUGGGACUUGCAGGGAACAGCAUUUCCUGUUCUGGGGUCUGCCACAGCUCAGAGGCUUGGACAUUGAGCAGUUGACAUGGCUACCUGGCAGUGAAGUUUUCAGUCCGCGAAGGCCCCCUCCUCCCCAGUACACAUGCUGUCACCACCUCAGCAUGGCCCGGCGACACUCCCUGAGUCAACAAAUGAGGGGCUUGUCAAAGCGCGCACCACAAUUCCUCAGAGACUGUGGUGAGGAGGGAGGAUCUUGACAUGCAAGGCUUUGGUUUCUCCCAACUGUGUUGCUGCUUGUUUAGGCAGGGCUGUAUCGUUCUGCUCGGGCUCUGACACACUCAUCCACUCGGACACAAGAUCGAGGGUGACCAAUGCCCUACAGGGUGGUAGUUUUCUGAGCUGUGAGCUAAUUGGUGUCGCCAGUUUGUCUCUGAUCAUUUUUCAUCUUGACUGUACAGUUACUCUUCGCUUUAACAUCCACAAGGCUGAAAGUAUUUGUCCCAGCCUGUCACGCACAGCAGCACACAGUAUACCAUCAUGAGACCAAGAGCCUUAAGGUCUCCUUGUAGAGCCUACUUAGUUCUGCUUUAACAUACAGGCCCGCGCUGCAUAUUGUCGUGUGUUGAAUGUGUUGCUGACCUGGAGAUGACUUUCCCUGUGAAUCCCCCUGCAGCUUGUGCAGAGAGAGUGUCUGUGUGAGCGUAACUGAAGUUGUAUGGGAUCCAGACUCCACCCCAUAUCCAGGAACAAGUAAACCUCUUAAAAGCAAGUCUGGGGGGCACUUGGUGGAUGGGUGGAGUGUAGUCAAAUAAUCAGCUACAGUUUGCAGCCCAGGGCUACAGAAAUACCCUUUGAGUAUUCUUCUGACUCGUACAAUAGCAGAGGGACUGAUUGGAACUGGUCUGUUUGGUAAAUAAGCUUGUUCUACCACAUAUCCCAAACUAUACAUUUAUUCAGUGGAGUGUAAAACCACACUUUAUUAACAACCGAAUUAUGUAAUGAGAAUCUGGAGUAUAUUGUCAAUACACACACUGACUUCUUAGUGUAGAUUUAAUGUUUGACACCUGGAUUAUUUACAGCCUUUUUGAACAUUUUGAAGAAAAAAAAAACUCCUUCAGGCACUCCAGCUAUGUCUGCCUACGUCAUGAGCAGACCCAGCUUCUGAGUCUGUGCAUACACUGUAUACCUUAGUGCUGCGUGUGUGAGGGAAUGCGCCUUUGCUGGUGCUACCCUCCUAGACUGCCCUCACACCUGUUUCCUCAGUGCCUGGGCCUCGUCGUGUGGACAUCAGAGUAAAGCCCUUUGAAGCAGGUCUCAUUGCUUCCUGUAUGACUGUCUGAGGGGGUGUUUUCCCCCUACACAUCGACUUUAUUAUGUCAGUCACAUUGUCUCUGACAUCGGGGGCUCUUUAUGUUUGUCACUUCUUCAUUACGACACUCCUCGCCAGCUCAGGCUUGCAUGCUAUGAUGUUUAUGCAUCGCUGUUAAAGAAUUUCAGUCAUUGAUAAUAUGGUGUUUUUUCAGCGUGUGAGUGGUGAUUAACAUAUGAUGUAGGCCCUCCCUCUGUACAGGAUGAAAGCCGUCAUGGCUCCAGUCUGCCUACAUUCUUCAGUCUUCAGAGGUUGUGUCCUCAAUCAACCCAGUGGAAUUUGUCAGCAUAACACUGUGUGUACACGCUCAUGUUGGUGUGAGGUGAGAUCACUGAUGUGAAUGAAGGGGCUCCCUCAGAUUUACUGGGUCAGGUGACUACAGGACAUGCAGAGUGACCUGAGGCACUGUCCCUGUCUCAUUUUCCUCUCUUCCUAAACUACCCUGAGAGGAGUGUAGGAAAGUUGGACAGGGGGGGGAGCGGAAAGAUUGAAAGUUAUUAGACAAGGAUGACCCGGAGUGCUGCUGCCCUUACCGGAGGGAGGGAAGAGGGCACGAGCAGGUAGUGAGAGUUCUCACACAGUAAUCAUCACACAGCGCUCUGCUCCAUCUGCCCGUCUGUCUCUGAGGGAAAGCCAGAGCUGUCUCUGCAGAUGUCUCGUCUGCAGACAGGUACUGUGUCUUGUCCACCUUGGUAAUGAGUGAUUCUCCCAGACAGAACAUGGGAGUCAGGUGAUAGACAGGAAAGGCCUGCAGUGUGCCACACAGGAGAUCACUCAUUGAAGGACAUGCAGGUAACUGUGCUGCAGAAACCCUCCUGCACACUCCUGUUUUAUUUUUUACUUUUCAGUUACACGUUUCCUCCCAAGGCUGCACAUUUCAAGUCCAGAUACAUUUACUCCUAAAAUAAGAUUGUGCAGCAGAAACCAAUGACAAAUUAGGAAAAGUACUGUAUACAUUUUUAAAAACUUUUUGUAUCUAAUGCUGCGUUCAAGUUACCCUGGAAGUCAGAUGUCCGAGCUGGGAAUGAUGUUUCAGUUACCGAGUUGGAAAAAAGCAAAAUCGGAGGCUACAUCUACGAAAGGGGAUGAUAAAAUAACUUAAAAUAACUAAAACAACAAGCGCUGAAAUAACUUUGGUAGAUAUAGUCAUCUUGUUUCUGCCUCCGAUUUUGCUUUUUUCUGACUUGGUAACUGAAACGCUGGUAACUCAGGUGUGACGUCAUUCCCAGCUCGGACAUCUGACUUCCGAGGUUACAUGAACGCAGCAUAAUUAGCACUGAAGGGUUGACGCUCUGUUUUUCAGUACUUGUUAUUCCCUGCAUUUCACAGCAGUCAUAGAGAUGCUGACUGACAUAAUAAAGAUGACAUCUCAACACACUUAAAUCCAUGCACUUAAAUCCAUGGACGCAUCAUUUGGGUUGAAUUCGAAUGAAUACGUGCGGUUUAAGUAGUGUGUGUGUGUGUGAUUGGUGAGUGUAUUCAGCAGGUCUUUUCUUGCUGUGCGGACUAGCUGGCCUGCCGGUGCAGCGGUGCACCGAACUCAGUCAAACAGAGGGAUGAACUGAUGGAGUGACAACUGCAUCAGCGUGUUAGCAGGGCAUGAUCCCCCCUCCGCUCUGUCCCUUAGACCAUGGAGUGAUGCAUCCCCAGCCUGUCUACCCCUGGCACUUGGCCUCAGGUUUCCACCGCAGCCCUGAGCCUUCCCAGCGCCUGGCCGCCCACACUCCCUCAGGAGCCCCAAUGCUCCAGGAUACGGGAUGUGGAAAUAAUGUGACUCGAGUGCUUCCACCCUGCCUCCCGAAAUCAGGUUUUGCGGAUUGUUUAUUUGAGGGGAAGGAGGCCUCAGACAAACAUCCUGUUUUAAAAAGCUGCCUGGGUUUUGUAGCUGCGCAGGGCGGUGAAUUGCCCCUUUGACAGUGGGGGGAGACUGAGGAAUGUUAAAGAGAAGGCCAGCAUCUUGGGGGACAUGGGGCUCUCCUUAUCCCGUUUGUCGUGUCCAGUUCACAGAGUCCAUUUUAAACUGGGGGGGCGGAGGGUUGUAGCUAUACAUCCUGAAGGGUCUUGUGCUCCAUUCUCUCUGUAGUGGUGGAGGGCCUGUACCCAGAGUCCUCGUCUCAAGUAUCAAUUCCUGUCAUGGGAGGCCGGCUUCCGUUUCCUCUUACGUAACACAUACACAUAGAAAAAGAGCCAUUGAUAAGAGCGAUAAGGCCAUUUUUCAUUUUCCCUUUCUCAGCAUUGUUAACCUGUGGUGUGUCCAAAAUCCACUUUCAAGUUUCUCUCUGGGGUUAUGACAUCAAGUAUCCUCAAUAGAGUGCAUAACCCAGUUGUUUUUUUGUUGUGUUUGGACGGAUGUUGUGUGUUUUGUGCUGUUCUUUGUGUAAUGAUUACAGUGUAGGUUGCUCUACAUCUAUUGAAUCGCAGUAACAUUAUGAAUCAGGAUCUUUUACUCUUUGUAUUCCAAUUUUUUUCCUCCCAAAAUCUUAAGAUAGGAGCCAAGGAAAGAUUCGCCAUAUUUACAAAAAUCACUUACUCGAUUUUCUAGGGAAUCUCAGGAAAUAUGAAUGCAGUUGCAACUGUGCCGGGAUACUUUCUUCACGGAUUUUUCUUGAAGAGUUGAAUCUCAGUCAUAACUGGCAACACAGGCCCCAGACACAGUGAGGUAAUGUGACCUCUCCGUGCGGAGUGAGAGCCAUGCUAAUCUAAAGCAGCCCUCGGAGAGGCCUAAAAACCUUUACAUGUCAACAUAAACUUGCCUGCUGAGGUUAGUAUUAAUCUGUGUCCGCUUGGCAAGCCAGUGUGGUGCCAGUGCUGCUGGGUGUUUGACUAACAUCUGAAGGGCUCACAGAUAAAGAUAAAUCUACAGCCUCAUACACAGCUAUGAGUCUCGAGCUCACAGUGCUGCGCUUGUCAUUUGAAUUUACAGAGCAUACUGUGCUGAGCCGGGAUAAGGUGAUCUGUGUUUCAUUUUAGGGCUCACCACACAGAUAGAGUCUGUAGAAAUAACAGGAGGUGUGCACAAGCUAUAAUUUUUGCCCCAUAUUCUACCUUAGCAAACAAAGUAAGUGAGCUAAUCUUGUCGUGUGCUCAGGGAGGGCCGCUGUUACCAUAUUCUCUUCCUUCACACCGCAGAGCUGCACCAAUAGCUCCAUUCAUUCAGCUCAGGGCAGAGGGUUAGAGCAACAAAUAAAGAGCGUGCAAUGCCAUUAAAAAUGUAAGGAAUGUCCAACUGUUAGUUUAGUGUUUUAGUGAGCCUCCUCUCAAGGCUGAGAGGGGGAACAAUACUCCAUUUGAGCAGGCCACUGUAAAUGUGCUAGCCUUGCAAUGCCUGGCAAGCAUUAGGGAAGGUGGUGCCAGUUGUGGAUGCUGUUUUUAUUUUCUGACCAUUUUACCCACAAUUAUAAAUCCAGACACCGGCCACAGCCAGCUAUGAUUUAGCCUUGUGGUCUGAUUGCUGGCGAAAAUAGAUUGAAGAUUUUUCCCCCUUCCUCCCCAGAGGAGCAUUGACAGUUGUGCCUGAACCUAUGGCUGUCAGUAUUUUUAAAACUCAGAAUAGCCAACGCAUUCUUUGAGCCUCCAGAAUGCUGUGUGUGGAUUAACUGCUGGGGCCCAUGUCAGUCGACAUCUCUACACAAGCCUUUUACAGCCCGAGGGAAAAGAUAGGAGCUCGUUGUUGAAGGCUGAACAGCAAACUCUCAAUGUUCCAAGCAAGGUCUUCUGUAUUUUCCUCAUCUAUAGAUGUGUAUGUUCAGCGUCUGGGACUUGAUUUCUUCCCCUCCCAUCUCUUAUCUCAUACUUGAUCUUCUGGAGCGGCAUCUUCAUUCCUCUCCCUUGUCCGAACAUGGGGCCAAGUAUGAUAGACAUGUAUCAGACAGAUGUUUGGAGCGUUUGAUCUUGGCUCCGAAACACGAUGCCUUUUAAAUCUGAGUGAAGAAUCUUUUUCUUUGAGUGAUAGUGCAGGAAAAUGCUCCAGAUUGUCUAUUACAGCGUAAUUUACUGCUCUGUCCAAGCUAUAUUGAGUUUAUAUGUCCUCAGGUUGUUGCUACACAAAGCAUAACCCAAAAAGGCAGAUGGUACUCUGGGCUCAAGUUUUUGCAAGUCGUAGCUAUUGAUGCGUAUUUUCAUUGAUAAUGCCCUACAGGGGGACUGAUAUUGACUUUCGUAAUGUGUGUUUCACUCAUUCUGUUAUUGGUGUACAUUUCUGAAGUCUUGGCGGUGUGGUUCAGUAUGUGCAGUCAGGCUGUCGCAUUUCAGGGUACGGUUUAGAUUAGAGGUCUGGCUGUAGCUUCCCCCUCUUCCCUUCUCUGUGACUGCCAGCACAUAAUUUACUUAAUGAAAUCCUGCCAUUCCCUUUAGCUUCAAGAUUUUUUGCAGAUGUUGACAGGGGAAGGACUUUGUGAAUUAUUGGAAAUGUUCACUCCUGCAUUUUUAAUGAAUGUCUCGCUUGUUGUGAACGGGCUAACUUGUCAGGGAUAUGGAGGGAGGUGGUGGUGGUGGGUGGGGUGGGGGGGCAGUUGUCUUUGUUUAGGGAGCUGGUGUCUGGAUGCCCGUGGUGGAGCAGUGUGGGUUACAGUCCAGCAAGUGUUGUGAUUGAAACAGAAACUCCAGUGCCACAUUAUCCUGACAGAACACAUUCUCCUCACAGACUCUGAUCCACUGGGCCGAUCAAUAGGAAACCAUUGUUUGAACGGCAACUCUGUCCAUCUUAGCCAGCCCACCUCCCAGCCCUUUAGAAACCAAAUACCUACCUUUCGCCUUAAAUUAGUCAGACCAAUAUAACGCGUAAUAAUAGAGUUUCUUGUUAUUGUUCAUUCGAAACCAAUCUUUCAACAUAGUUUGAGCAUAUAGUCCAGCUAAGUUGGGUUUAGUCCCUCUGUGUGAGUUUGUCUUUCCACCGCUAAGGAAAAGUUUGAAUAAAGACCAAGUUUAUAACAUCAGAAGGCGUGUUAAGAGUUGGAGUCCUCAAAUGCAACACUUUGUAAGUUAGAAUUUAGGGACUAACAACAAGAUCCUUAAAGGACAAGAAAUAAAGCAACCUUCUCGCUGCACCCCCACCCCCCACAGUCCUAACCAGAGUAGGAAGUUAGGAGGCACAGCGAGGGGAGGAGGGGGGAGUUCAGGAAUGUGCAGGGUCUCCUCUACUCAAACACUCCAGCCUUCUUGGCUCGCACCUCCCUCAUACACACACAUGCGUGCUCACAAACAAACACACACACACGCACACACACAGAUAGGUUGUGUGAGGAGGUGAAGGGGCACAGCCACCCAGCAGGAUGUUCGCUGAGUGUUUUGCUUUUUGGUGCUCGCUCGGACUUUCGCCGCUCUCUGACGCUGCCUGUGGAUAUGACAUUUACAAACAUACCCCCACAGUUUUCACAGAGCCUUUUUACACACCCUGAAGGACUCUCCGAGGCCUCGCUUGCAUCACCGCCAUCACUUGUGCUCUAUGUCUCUGACACAUUGCAGAGCUGUGGAGGAAACUUUGAGGAAAUGAGCAGCACAUUCUCUUCCCUGAAGAAAAAGGAGGAAAAAAAAAGAAGAAAAACGCCUCCUCCCUCAAACCAGCAGGCUCUCACUCAUGCGCCCAGACGGCUCCUUCAUAUUAGCCUCUUUUGCUUCCUGUUCUUUUUACACCCUCUGUAGUUUAUUGAUUUAAUUUAUGGAUUCUGUUAGUUAUCUGCCAUCAAGAGUUCAGCACUUCUCCUCUCUCACGGGGUCGUCCUGAAACAGAAAUGAAGGGAAAGUGGAGAGGAAGUGGAUGACAAUAUAGCAUUCCCAUUGUGACCAGCCAGGCUUGGUGACUGGAUUCAGUUUCUCCGGCUCUCACAGCAUUUUCUUUUUCCUUCUUUUCUUGUCUUUCUUUCUCUCUCUAUCUCUCUUUCUGCAGAGAAAAGGCCAGACCUCAGGGGAAAAAAAUCCAUAGACAUAUAAGAGCAGCUCCAGUUAGCGUGUCUGUCUGAUAAAGCCGACUUUGAUGGCAGCGAUAGCCCAGACGCCAGCCUAAAUGUGUCCUGCUCAGGAGUUUGAGUCAGUUGGUAGUAACUAUUGUCUACAGAAUUAAAGUCAUACCAGCCUCAGACAGGAAAGGAAGGCUUUUACUUUACUGCCACUUUGAUGUUUUAAGUCUCAAAAGAAACUUUCAUCCUUUCUAGUAUCAGAUUUUAAGCUCAAACAAGAAAGUUUAUUCAUAAAUUUUCACACAUAUAACCACAAUGUACACUUUCACAGACUUCGCGGCCCCCCUCUACCUCCAGCUCCACAGCCUAUCAGUUCAUUGGUAUCGUCUAAUAGCUGGAGGGGAUCUAAUCCUUGGCAGAGGAUAAGAGACUACUGCUCCCCCUCCUCUCUUUGCUGCUCUCCUCCCCUCCACUGUACCGCUUAAAGGGACUGGCAGCAGUGUUUUUCUUUUCCUUUUUUUUCCUCCUCCUCAGCAAAGUUUUGGAGGAACGAGUACAGCUCUGCUCCAUGCUCUGGAUUAGGGGAGAUGAAGUAUAAUGGAGGUGGCCCCGGAGCUUGGUGGGGAGAUGUUAGCACGGAGGGGAAGCUGUUGUUUGUCUGCCUGUCCCUGACACUCGGCCUCCCAUUCAUCUCACUCCAAGGCUGUGGAGCUGUGUUUACCCCGGGGCAGCUCUUUUUCUGCUUUUCUCUCUGCCCUCCCUCCACUCCUCCUUUUCAUGCUGUCUUUAAAAGCAUUACUGGAUGAUCAUCAAGGAUUGCCAUUGAAACUUUCAAGCCCCCAUUUUUGUGUACUUAGCAGUAAUUAUCCAGAUUGCCCUCAAGUGCAAGGAACUCAUAGCGGGACGUUCUGCUUUCCUCUGGAUGUAAACCUGUGGAAGAGGCUCGGCCAAGUUGUUUAAUGUAGUCAUUGUGUUGAUGGUUUUCUGCUCUUUAACUAUAAGAGAAAAAAAACUGUAAUAGCUGUAAUCACUAUCAUUGUUUGCUGUUACUUGGCCCGUGACAUUCGCAGUUGUUCAGUUUAUCCUCAUUGGUGGAGUUAGGGCUGAGCGAUAAACCGAAAAUUUACAGAUACCGAAAUUUACGUCAUUUUGCUCAUGUUAAUAUAUUCAGUGUAAAAAAAAAAAAUGAAUAAAUGAAAGUUGAUUUUGGAUGUGUGUAGGUAGGCUAUGGUCUCAUAACCCUUUAAGACACUGGUCUACGCCGGCGUGACUCCACCCCAUCCAGUUCAUAACAAAGAGGGAAAGGCAGGUGAGGAGAUGGAGGACAGUUCAAAAGUUGUAGCGGCUGAAGUAGACGAAGUUAAUGUGGGAGGGGAUGAGCAGCUUGUGGAGUAGUUAUUGACUAUUUAUCGUUAUCAAGGUGAACUGCUCGAUAUAUCGUGAUCUUUAUUUGAGGCCAUAUCGCCUAGCCCUAGUGGAAUGAAACUAACGUAUAAGCCCGACAUACUUAUAAUGUAAUCAGGUUGAUCUGUUGAUGUUUCUUUGUGCUGAUACUCCACUACAUCAUUACAGGUGCACUAUUAUUUUGAUACAAGGAGUGUGAAAAAUGUUGCAAAAGUUUAAAAAAAAUUACUUUUAAAGCUACUUAUGCAAGUAAAGUGAGUUUCAGAACAUCAAACUAUGAUGUUCACAGCAGUCGUUUUUGUUUAAGUUUGACCCUGUAGGAGUAAAAGUUACUCACUGGGCCUUCAAAGUGGCCUCUUCAAUGCUGAUAUUCAACUUAAACUGAGCAUUUCAGUAUUUAUAUGUAUAUUUUCAAGCUUUGUGUUGCUCAAGUAUCUGACCUUCCCAUCCUCUGCCUGCUCUCUCGUUGUCCGUGCAGAAUAAUACUCAAAGAUUUUCCAGUCCCUCUUUAAUUUGGUUGAUUUUUAAGUCCUUUUCACCCAGACUGUCAUUCUCUUUUUUGCAGCGAACUGAUAAAUGUCUGUGUUUGUUGUCAGAUCUGAUGUCCUGCUUUGAUACUCGGAACUGCUCCAAUCAGACAGGCCACAGGGACACAGAAAUGUCAACAUUUUCACAGGGUUUCCAUGGCGCUCAUGCCUUGUUGUUGAAACCAAAGCUUGCACAGUGCACACCAAUUGUUUUUUUUAAAUACCUCUGUUUUCGUGUGACUGUACUCAGAUGUGUACAAAUACACGGCUCUCUGGAUACCGUCAGUUCUCUGACAGUUGGAGUAGACGUGAUUACUUCUGUGGUGUAACCAGGUUAUUUAUUUCUCAAGGAAAAAGCCAAACAGACUAUCCUUAUAAUUUUGCUGAAACUCUAAAAUCUGCCAUCUAUUACCCAAUAGACGUGGAACAUUUGUAGACCAAACAGUUGCCACAAGUCUCUGUUUUUCUACUUUGUUGAUACUAGCACUUUGAGUCUGCUUAUGCAAGACAUUAGAGUUGAUAAAUUUCUUCACGUGUUAAACUCCUUGCCCCCGGCUGACAGAAUGGCCGCUGCAUUUCCUUUUUGACAGAGCAGGAAGCGCGGCAGCCAUUCUGUGACUGCGUCCUACGGCUCUGAGACUGACACUAAGAGGAGAGGCUUUUGAGAAUAAAAUAACAAUAAUAACAUGCGCUACUAUUCUAAUGGGUAAACGGAGCUGUUAAAAGGUGGCAGGGUUAAAUGGAUGCAGAGCACCAGUAAUUGCUACCAGCCCUUCUUAGCUCCGCCCCCUCUGAGGGGAACCUCUGAAAGGCCAACAUGAAGGAGGAGAUGUGGGUGUCUGUGUUGUGGUCAGAGGGGAGGAAGACACACGCCCUCACUUCACCACCUCAGGUCGGAGUUUAGGGUUUGGGCUGAUUGGUCUGGCGUGUGACCAUAUGAGUUUCCAGUAACAUCCUGAUGUUAAACUUGAUACUUUGUGUAAAUUAACUUGAAUACAGCGGCGUCUUUGAAACUGACCUUAUAUACUCACCGUUUUGAACAUUCUGAAAAGUAAGCAGCUCUCACUCUGGAGUGGAGGCCAUAGUUGCUGUGGUGAUGUUGUCUAAACAGUCUGUUGAUUGGUGAUAGCUUAGCUCCGCUUAAGAGAUCCUAAUGAGCCCUUCGCUCAGAGCCCUUCACCUCAGAUCCCCCACCGAGCCAAAACACACAAGUUCAGGAGAAAAACACAGACACGCUGGCUGAUAUUUUUCUUCCUCUUCCAAGCAGACACAUGUGCGCACAGGCACACGUAGACGCUCAACACAACAGAGCAACAGGAAAAGGCCUGGCUCAUGGUGCAUUCAUUGUCUUCCCUCAGGCUCAAGCUUUGCAUUUGAUACAUUUCUAACCUUUGUCCUGCUCAUUCCUCUUCCUGGUCCUCGCAGUCUUGCUGGCUACCUUCAUUCCAGGCUACGUGUGAAAACUAGACACAAUUGACCAAAUUGUUUUUGCUUUAUUCUCCUCAUCUAAAAAGGAGGAGACAGUAGCCAUUUGGUCCUUUGUGUGUGCACAGUUUCAAAGAGAGUUUACCCUGAUGUGUGGGCUCCAUCUGAUUUGAGACAAUAGAGGGCCAUAAACAAGUUGGGGCUGAGUUCUUUGUUGGCUGAGCCGCGCUGAAGUAAAAGCUGAGCUCAGAGUGGAGGAGCUGGAGUGUGGAAUUCACUAAUGGCACAUGCAUGUUGGGGCCCCUGAAGAGAGGGGGUCAUUUCAGCCAUCAGUGUGUGCGCAAACACACAGAGAGCCUGUCUACAGCUCCCCCCUCCCCCGCAUGUCCCCACUCACCCAGUCACUCACUCACUCAUCCACUCACCCACUCAUUCUUUUCCUCCCCCUCCACAACCAGCAGGCGUUUUGUCUUUGCAAGUCUGCUGAAGGUUUUUGCUAAUCUUUGUAUAAACUUUACUUGUGUGGGUCACUCAGCAGAAAGGUUUAGUUUGGUGGGAGGUGAGCAAGGCAUUUUGUUGCUGCAUGGAUCUGCAAUGCUCCACCUUAAAGGCGUUUGUUAAUGGGGCGGGCGGUCAUUAAGCCCUGCGAGCAGAGAGACUGAAAGGAAUGGGGCCACAGGCCCAGGCUUUAAAUCCUCUGUGCCAAUAGACUCUCUGAAGCAAAAUAAUGGCAUCACUCUGUGUGUGAGUUAAUGGGAGCUGAUAGCAUGAAGGCUGGGGGGUCAGCGGGUCACGGGCUUGUGCUAAGUUGUCAGGGAGCUGAAUGCCGUCCCUGGGCCCACAGCAGGGGGAAGAGCUGGGUGGAGGGGGAGGGGGACCCCCUGCCUGGCCCUCUCCCGUCACCCCCACUUUUGUGGAAUGUGAGGAAGACGAGGGAAGAGAGGAAAGAGGUACCCGAACUCCCCAGAAGUAAGGGGAAAGAUUGGGAUGUGAGAUCACGGGACUCUUUUCUUCCUGAUCCACCAGCCUCCUUCCUCCCCGACACUUCAGAUUUCAUGAGUAAACACAUGACAGAUUUGAACUGUGUGGACCGAAGCAGUCAACAGUGGUGUGUGUCUUUGCUGUGUGUUGAAGAUAGAAGUCUACCUAGGGAGUAGUAACUCACUUUGGAGUGCUGAGGCUUGUCACUGCAUAGAGUUCACAGACUGCAGCCAUGACGACUGAAUUAACAAGCUGAUUUACUGGACAGAGACGUUUAGGAACAGGAUGCCAACGCUGUUCUACUGUUAAAAAGAAAGAAACACCUCUGUACUCAGCCGUUUAUUAAAAGACACAGAUUUUUCAAAACAAAGUUAAGGUGAAUUUUUACUGCGUCUCAUACACAGCACAUUAUACUCCCGUCAAGCAACAGUCAGUGGAAUAAGUGAGUGUAGCUCUUCAUUCAUGUCAGCGAACAUGAUCUGUUUUGAAAAUACAGUGUGAGCCUCAGUGCUGGGUGGUCAGUGUUUAAUCAUCACAGUGCCCUCUUGAGGCAGAGGACGACCCUGCAGGUGUUCAAACUGACCUCUCAACACUUCCCACCAUCAGGAUAUGUAUAGUAGCUCGUGUGUUUUUGUUUGCACAUGUGUGUUGGACGGAUGCGUGCGCAGUGGUAUUUCUACAAGGCUUAGAUUUCAAUACAGCGCCUCCUUUAGUAUUUAUAGUGCGGGCAUCUGCUGUGAACAAUAAAACAGAUAGUUAAUCCUUUAAAACCUAAGCCUUCCUUUUUACUAGGCCUCUUUGCUGUUGUUUAUGUUUUGUUUAACGACCAUCCCUCUGUCUCUGUCCCUUCUAGAUGCCAGUAUGUCACCUGACGCCCCCAAGCAGAGCCACUGGUGUAACGUGGCAUACUGGGAGCACCGCACACGAGUGGGUCGCCUCUACACAGUGUACGAGCACUCUGUCAGCAUCUUUUAUGAUCUACCUCAGGGCACGGGCUUCUGCCUGGGCCAGCUCAACCUGGAACACCGCAGCAGCACCGUUCAGCGCACACGAGGCAAAAUCGGUUAUGGUAUCCUCCUCAGCAAAGAGCCGGACGGCAUUUGGGCGUAUAACCGCAGCGAGCACCCCAUUUUUGUGAACUCCCCUACCCUGGACGUGCCUAACAGUAGAACUCUGGUGGUGCGAAAGGUGAUGCCAGGCUUCUCUAUAAAGGUGUUUGACUAUGAUCGAUCGUGUCUACUGAGGCACACCACAGACCCUGACCUCCUGGACGGACCUUACGACCCCAACAGUGUGCGGAUCAGCUUUGCUAAGGGCUGGGGUCCCUGCUACUCAAGACAGUUCAUCACCUCCUGCCCCUGCUGGCUGGAGAUUCUCCUCAACAACCACAGAUAACACAGAUGGACCCUGAAAACUAUCCCAAAUAUCAUCUACCUAGAUUUAAUAUAAAGUUUUAUAUAUUAUAUGAAAUAUAUAUUAUACUUGUAAAUACGGAGUCAUUUUUACAAUGUAAUUAUUUAUGUAUGGUGCAAUGUGUGUAUGGACAAGAGGAAAAAAACGGAAAAUGCACUUUGGCUUAUAUAUAUAUUAUAUAUAUAUAAAUAUAUAUAAAGAUAAAGAAUCUUUCAAUACCAACAUGAAAAAUUAUACAGCAAAAUUAGGAUGAGUCUGGAUUUGGUGUAUAGUUUUCAUAUACUAUUAAUAUCCAGACAAAAAGCUAACACCAUUCACACAUUGACAAUAAAGUAUUCGCAUAAUAA